AUGUCAGGACUCCUUAAUUCAGGAUUGAAUGGAUCAAAUGCAAAUAUUACAGAUCCUAGUAGAGCUUUUCCCUCCCAGUCUGGUUCUACUAGUGCUGUUGUGAAUCAUUCUGGAAACAUACAAGGUUUACAUGGGAUCCACGGGAAUUUCAACAUCUCUAAUAUGCCGGGUAGUUACUCAUCUAGAAAUUCUACAUUGAUUACUGGAGCACCUGGUGGCGUUCAACAAGGAACUGGAGGAAUGUCAAGUGGGCGAUUUGGAAUGACUAAUCUUUCAGCCUUUUCUCAGCUAUCUCUAGCUGGUUCUCAUGGACAUUCAGCAGUGACAGAUAAUGGAGGUUCAGGUGCACUACCAAAUAUUGGAAGUUCUGGACGCAUUGGAAACCCAAUGGCUAAUUAUGUAAGUGGCGGGAGUGUUGCAAGGGGUUUAGGCUCUGCUGGAGGAUCAAACUUGUCUGGGGUUGCUUCUCGCUUAAAUAUGGCAGAUCCACAGGUAGUUUCCAUGCUCAGCGGUUCUUAUUCUGGUUCCGGCGUGCCUAUGUCUCAUAACCAGUUCCAAGGCGGAAGUGGUCCUUACACUUCUUUGCUGUUGAACGACUUGAAUUCUCAUGAGGAUACUGCUUUUGAUGUUAACGACUUUCCUCAGCUUGGUGGACGUACUGCUUCUACUGGUGGUUCUCAGGGUCAAAUGGGUUUCUUGCGGAAGCAAAAUGUAGGGUUCAAUCAACAAAAUCAAGAGUUCAGUAUUCAUAAUGAAGAUUUUCCUGCUUUGCCAGGGUUUAAAGGUGUCAAUGUAGAUUUUCCUAUGAACAGUCACCCGAAAGAACAACUCCACAACAUGUCACCUAUGAUGCAUCCUCAGAACAUGCCUUUGGGAAGGUCGUCUGGUUUGAACUUUGGAGGAGCAAGCUCAUCACAGUAUCAGCAAGCCCAACAGCAUGCUUCAUCAUCAAGUGGCUCUGGGCUUUCCUUUUUACCUACAAAUUAUCAAAGUUAUCAAGACCUCCACUUUCAUGAUCAUGAGGCACGUAACAUUGGGCCACCAGUCUCUGGCUCUGGAAAUAAUAGUUUGCCGAACACAAUGUCUGGUAUGGGUCCCUAUGAACAACUUCCACAGCAAUAUCAACAGUUCCAGAAGCAGUCCUAUUUCCGCUUGGCUACGCCAUUUAGAGAUCAAGAUUUCAAACCUCAUCAGGCAACACAAGCUCCUGCUGACAAUAAAUAUGGAAUGCUCGGUUUGUUGAGCAUCAUGAAAGGAAAUAAUCCAGCCAUGUCAUCACUUGCUCGGGGUAUUGAUCUAACCACACUGGGUUUAAAUUUGAACUCGCCAGAGAGUGUCUACAAAAAGUUUGGAUCUCCAUGGUCUGAUGAACCUCUCAAAGGAGAGCCUGAGUAUCAAAUCCCAGAGUGCUAUUAUGCUAAGCUUCCCCCUGAAUUGAAAUCUAGUUAUUUCUCAAAGUUCAGGGCAGAAACAUUGUUUUAUAUAUUCUACAGCAUGCCCAAAGAUGAAGCCCAACUUUAUGCAGCUAAUGAACUAUAUAACAGAGGCUGGUUCUACCAUAAAGAGAUUCGACUGUGGUUUGCGAGGAUGAUGAAUGUGGAUCCUCCUAUCAAGACACCAGCUUACGAGAAAGGGUCAUAUGCAUGUUUUGAUCCCAAUACCUUUGAGACCGUGAGAAAGGAUAACUUUGUUUUGCAGUAUGACAUGAUUGAGAGAAAGCCCUCGAUCAACCAACUGUAG